ACAUGGAAAGCUGCGGCUAAUCUCUGUGAAGAUGUCUGCCGCACUGGAGACAAAGCUGUAAAUUGUGUUUGUCCUCUAGUGUGCGGGGCUGCAGACAGGUACACAGACAUCCGUAUGAGCGGACUUAUCAGCCGGCAGAGAUCAGCGGACAGAUGGCGGGGGUGUCUGCCCAGAGCCGGGGCUGGUCCUCACUCUGCAGGCUCUACCUCCGGCUUCAUGCGGUCAGAGCGAGCCCCGGGACGGUCUGCCAUGGGUGGCAGAACACUCUGAAGAGCAGAGGAGUCCUAUGCUUAAUGCCAUCUAGCCGACUGCCAGUACAAGCACAGAUCAGACUUUAUACUUCUGAUGAUCAGAAGGAAACCAACAGACCAACAGAACCCGGUGCCUCAAGUUCCACAGAUAAAUCCACAGCAGGUACACCAGGGCAGGAUCCCAGCAAACCAGAACAGAAGGGCGUGCUACCUCCCGAUCCUAUUCAAGUCAAAGUUAAGGCGGUUCUUAAAAAGAGAGAUUAUGGAACAAUAUACAUGAAGAAUAACUUCAUCACGGGAGUACGAGCAAUGAAUGAAUUCUGCCUUAAACCCAGUGACCUGGAACCACUGCGGAAGAUUAGACGGAGAAGUCCCCAUGAUGACACAGAAUCUUUUACUGUGUUCCUAAGGUCGGAUGUAGAGACCAAGGCGGUGGAAGUUUGGGGGAGUCCUGAAGCCAUUUUUAGGGAAAGAAAAUUGAGAAAAGAAGAAGAGAUUGCAUACAAAGAAAGUGAGUUGCUUAUCUCCAAUGAUAUGUUUAAGAAUCAGAAAUUAUUAAAAGAAUACAAGGAAUUUCUAGGAACUACAAAGCCUCGUUUAAGCACAUCCUCCAUUUUUCUCAAGGGCCCUGGAAAAGUCGUUAUGGUUGCAAUAUGCAUAAAUGGACUCAACUUUUUCUUUAAACUUUUGGCCUGGGUGUAUACGGGCUCUUCUAGCAUGUUUUCCGAAGCUAUCCACUCCUUAGCUGAUACAUGUAACCAGGCACUGUUGGCACUGGGAAUAGCACAGUCUGUGCGGACACCAGAUCCUGGACACCCGUAUGGCUUUACGAACAUGCGGUAUAUUGCUUCCUUGAUCAGUGGUGUAGGCAUUUUUAUGAUGGGUUCUGGAUUAUCAUGGUACCAUGGUAUCAUGGGUUUAAUGCAUCCUCAGCCAAUAGAAUCGUUUCUAUGGGCAUAUUGUAUACUUGCAGGAUCAUUAGUUUCUGAAGGAGCUACGCUCCUUGUUGCUGUUAAUGAAAUUAGGAAAAGUGCAAGGGCAAAGGGAUUGUCCUUUUACGAGUAUGUGAUUCAGGCUCGGGACCCAAGCACCAAUGUAGUCCUGAUGGAAGAUGCUGCUGCAGUUUUGGGGGUUCUAAUGGCUGCCUCCUGUAUGGGGUUGACGUCACUAACUGGGAACCCAUUAUAUGACAGUCUGGGCUCCUUGGGAGUUGGCACGCUGUUGGGAGCAGUAUCUGCUUUCCUUAUCUACACCAAUACAGAGGCCCUUAUAGGUCGAUCGAUACAGCCGGAACAAGUGCAACGUCUCAUUGAACUGCUAGAGAGCGAUCCUGCUGUAAGGGCUAUUCAUGAUGUAAAAGCUACAGAUAUGGGAAUGAGUAAAGUACGGUUUAAAGCAGAAGUGGAUUUCGAUGGACGGGUUGUAACCAGAUUAUAUUUGGAAAAGCAAGAUAUUGACCAAGUGCUUCAGGAAAUUAGUCAGGUGAAGACCACAGAAGAUUUAGAGGCUUUCAUGCUUAAACACGGGGAGAACAUUAUUGACACGUUGGGGGCUGAAGUAGACAGACUUGAAAAGGAUUUAAAGCAAUGCAAUCCCGAGGUUCGGCAUGUUGACUUGGAAAUUUUAUAGAAGCGGAAGAAUUUUCUAUUCAUAAAAUUCAUGAAGGGAGGAAAGAGGAGACUGUAGAAGAAGCUUCAUUUCAUUUUCCAGCGUGCAUGCUCCAUGACUAAAUUGUAAAUGAGUGCGAAUCGCCCUACAAUGCAAAUGCUCUGCAUAUGAAGUCAUGUUUACAAGAGCAUCUUAGAGUCUGUUGUUGUCAAAUUAUCUGCAAUCACUUUUUUGUGGAGAACAAAAAAAAAAUCAAAAGCAAAGCUAACGUUAUUUAUUUGUACAACUGCCUCACAGAAGGAAAUCGCAUUGUUUUAUUUCAUUCCAUCUACAUGCGUGACAUUGACCUUGGUUGCUGGGUUUUCUUCAGCUCUUACUUACUGGGCAGCCCAAGAUAAGGAAUCAACCAUUAACACUCCUGCCAUUCCUCCUUCCUAUUUUAUGCUCAUUGUAUAUAGAACAAAGAUUGUGAUGCUUUUAUUUUUUACUGGAAGUGAUUGGAAAGUUCUUUUUCAAGAAUCGUUAGUUGUUUUUUUUUUUUUAAUGCUACCAAGCAGUUGUCUGGUUCCCAGGACUCAUCCAAUUAAUGUUUUUUUUUGCUGUACACUACACAGGUGACUAUGUAGGUCUCUCCUUUAUAAAGCCCAUAAAACGUUAACCACAACGUUUUUUUUCUUUCUCUUAGUUAAUGUUUUAAUUUAUAAUCAUACAUAUGUAUUACAAGAGAGACUACAGCGUAGUGGAAUAAACUAUAGGAUUCAUAAAUAAGAAAUAUUCACAUUUCAGAAGUAUCUUCUAAACCGAGAUUAGCAAACUGAUGUGAGGUUUAUGAGAGAUGUGACAAAACAGAAUGGAUCUGAUGCUCUGGAAGAAUCGGCAGUUGGACAGCUAGCCUGCAAACAUGAAUAUGGCGAUUAACCCACUUCAGCACAUCAGGCAAAUUGGCAGAGACAUCUGAUCCACAGUGACCUAUAGAUCAUUUGACUGAUAUAUAAUUCUGAGUAAAAUAUUUGCCCCUAAAAAAAAAAUGUUCUAAACAAGCUUGUUUUCUGACACCCGGUAGUGGUGGGGAGCCUUUUCCACCGGCAGAAUACAAUGAUCACUGACGGCAGUUAUUGUGUAGAAAAAGCCCAAAAGGUUAGUUCAAAUUUUGGUCCGUCUUUGGGCAGUUUAAGCUCCCUCAAGUAGACCAUUUAGGCUACCAAAGGCUGAUAAUAUUGUUAGUGGAGGUGCACCGAAAUUUCAGGUGCCAAAAAACUGUGUUUCCAUUCAUUCCGCGGAAUGAAAAAAACAGCCGAUAUCGAAAGGGGGCGUGGUCUGCCCAGGUGCCGCCCCUCCCUCCUCUUCUCAUCGCUAUCUCAGUGUUUCACGGAGCUGAAUUACCCAGCCGCAGCAACAGUGUUUCGCCUUCUGUGAUAGACGGCACACCGAUCCAAUGGUGGGACAUUGAAUCAGCGUGACGUGAUUACGGGACACUGUUAGUGUGGCUGGGCAAUUCAAAUACAGCUCUGUGAAACACGAAGCUCGCUGUUGAUGCGGGCACUGGUGGGGCUGCAUAUGGAUGGGCACAGAAGAGGCUGCAUUGAUAUCAUGUCUGCAGUCUCUGACCAUCUCCUGUACUAUGUCUGCUAGAGGUACAUUGAAUGAAAUGUUGCAUAUACUAUUAGCAGUGUGUUUAAGUUUAGGCAAGAGAUUGCAGACAUGAUACAGGAGAUGGUUAGAGACUGCCGACCUGCAUUUUUCUUGACCUUUUAUUGCACUAAAGGUGCUAAUAAUGGCCAACAAUAAAUUCAUAAUAAUUUAAAUUGAUGAUAUUAAUUAAAAACUUGUAUAUAAUACAAAUGUAUAA